AUGCUCUGGUUUGGCAAGAAAAGAAGACUCCCCUCAGAUGAUCGUUGGGAGGUGCCAUCCAGCGAUAUCCAGCGUCAUGGCGUCACCAACUUUGUGGGUCCAUUGGGCCAUGGCUUGGAUCGCCAGGUGUUGCCCUCGAUGUUUGUCUGCGGCGGUGGAGAUGGACGUCAUGCGCGGCCCUUGUCAUCUCUGCACCUCUUCCUCCCGCCAUGUCCCGCCGGCGCUCAGGUCCUGAACUCUGCGGAGGUCUUGGAUCUGGGCGGCAUCUGGCAGGGCCUCCAGCCCAUGGCCAGCCCGCGAGUCCUCCAAUCUGCGGAACGCUUCGAUCCAGCGAGCGGCUCUUGGGAGGAGAAGUUCGAAGACUUCUUUGACAUGGACCAAAAAUUGCCAGCAUCAGGAGAGCUCCCGGCGAUGAGUUGCGCGCGUUGGGAUGCCACUGCAGUGGUGGCAGAUUGUUUGUACGUCUUGGGAGGCACUGAUGAAUCGGAAGCUUUGAACUCUGCGGAGCGCUUCAACCACCAGUCCGGUGAGGCUCAGGCCGAAUUGGAGCUGAAAGACGCUGAACUCAAAGCGUGUGGUGGGCCAGAGAAUUGCGACAAUCCUGGAUGGCUGAGGGAGGAAUACCAAGCCCUGCAAUCGCAGCUUUCGCAACUACAGGAGCAAGCAAAGCGCAGUGGCCAGGAGUCUGCUUCCUUUCGCAUGUCGCGCUCUGCGAUCCUGGAAGACGAGCUGCGGCAGAAAUCGGAGGUGGUGCGACAACUUCGUCAGCGUGAGCUCUGGUUUGAGCUGCAGUUGCAACGACAGCAGGAAGCUCAUGGAGAAGCUUUAGAUUCCCUCAGAGAUGAGGUCUUCGCUUUGCGAAAGCAGGCCCUGAUGCGGCGACUGCCGAGUGCAUCCAAGGCUGCAAGCAUUACAACGGCUCCAUCUCAGACAAUUCCAGCUUACAGUGGCCAAAUGUGCCCUCAGACGCAACCUCAGAGCUGGAAGAAAGCAACUUGGCUCUGACAGGAUGUGGAGGUGUGCCUUGAAAAUCUGACUUAAAAGAGGAGCAACUCAAAGCAACUCAACGAUGGAACAAGUAAAUGUUAAAUCAAGUCGGUUUUUGCCCAGAGAACAUCAGCGGUUUCAGUUUAUGUUGUGACUGUCAUCACUGUCCAGUCUUUGGCCGCUAGGAUCCACUGAUGCAAUUGACACAG